AUGGCUCCAUCUAAGAAUAAGCUUUCGGAUGGCGUUAAAUAUUCAGAAAAUCUUACUGACUUGAGUACAGUAUCUUCAGAAUCCUCUGCUUCCUCACCAUUGAAGUAUACUGCCGUUGGUGAUAUCGGUCCUGCAGUUGAUAAACUCAGGACUGCGUUCCACUCCACGCAAAAGACCCACUCACUUCAAUUCCGUUUAAAUCAGUUGAGAAAUCUUUACUUUGCCUUGAAAGAUAAUGAAGACGUACUCACUGAAGCUUUGUUCAAGGACUUUAACAGAGUUCCAAAUGAAUCUAGAAAUUUGGAAAUUGUCCCAGCUUUGAGCGAAUUGGUUCACACUAUGGCCAAUUUACAUAAGUGGGCCAAACCUGAACAGGUUGAGGGAAUGCCAUUAUCAAUGGCUGGAACUCCUGCUUAUAUUGAAAAGAUCCCAUUAGGUGUUGUAUUGAUUAUCUCUCCAUUCAAUUACCCAUUGCUUUUGUCCUUCCUGGCUGUGGUCGGAGCCCUUGCAGCUGGUAAUAGCGUUGUAUUAAAGCAAAGUGAACAGACGCCAUAUUUCACUCAAGUGUUUAGUGAUCUUUUAUCUAAAGCUUUAGACCCAGACGUCUUCGUGGCCAUUAACGGUGCUAUUCCAGAAACUACUGAACUUCUUGAACAAAAGUUCGACAAAAUUAUGUAUACUGGUAAUAAUACAGUUGGUAAAAUUAUUGCCAAGAAGGCUGCCGAAACUUUAACACCAGUCGUCUUGGAACUUGGAGGAAAGUCACCUGCCUUCGUAUUGGAGGACUUAGAUGAUUCUGAAAUAUCUACGGUGGCCAAUAGAGUUGCGUGGGGGAAAUUCACCAACUGUGGUCAGACUUGUGUUGCAGUAGACUAUGUCUUGGUUCACGAAUCUAAGAAACAAAAAUUAUUGCAAAGUUUGAAAAAGGUUACUGAAACCAAGUUUUUCCCUGGAAUUGACGAGAAUGACCCCAACUAUACCCAUUUAAUCCAUGAUAGAGCCUUUGAUACAAUUUCAAAAACAAUUGAUACCACCAAGGGUAAAUUUUUAACAGGCGAAGGAGGUAAAAAGAAGAGGGAUGCCAAAUCAAGGUUUAUUCCACCAACAAUUAUAUAUGACGUUGAUUUCAGUGACUCAACUAUGAAGCAGGAGAAUUUCGGUCCAAUCUUACCAAUUAUUAGUUACACUAAUUUGAAUGAUGCAAUUUCAAAGGUUACUGGUCUCCAUGAUACACCAUUGGCUCAAUAUAUUUUCACUUCAAAUCCUUCCAAGAAGACGAACAAGCAAGUUGACUCUAUCCUUAAGUCAGUCAGAUCUGGUGGUGUUAUGUUGAAUGAUGUCAUACUUCAUGUUGGUUUGUCGAAUGCACCAUUUGGAGGUAUUGGUCAAUCAGGUCAUGGAGCAUAUCAUGGAGAGUAUUCGUUCCAGACUUUCUCACACUUGAGAACAACUAUGGAGAUUGCCCUCUGGAAGGAAAAGGUAUUGGCUUCUAGAUAUCCACCAUUCAGUGACAAGAAGGCUCGUCUUAUCAAGACCUCUAUGACUGAUUACAAUGGGAAUGUUUGGUUUGGACGUUCUGGUGAUGUUAAAAUUAAUGGGCCCAAUCCAGUCUGGUCAUUCUAUACUGGGUUUGCUGGGGUACUUGCUCUUGGUUACUAUUUCUUAUCGCUGUAG